GUGAGGUUCUACUGAAUCUCAUGACUGUGUGUCAUUACUCAGGUCUAGAUCGUUUUAUCCUUGAAGACGAGCUUUAGAGAUCGCUAUAUAAGAAGUUGCUGUGAGUAAUUUUGCGGAGUUAUUACGACGACAAUGACGAGACUACAUUGUCUCGUGCUUUUAAUUGCGAUUCAUGUCGUUGCGGGUGAAAUAAAAAAUGUCGGAUGGUGGAAGAAUGCUGUGUUUUAUCAAAUAUAUACACCGAGCUUCAAGGAUGCUGAUAACGAUGGAGUUGGUGACCUCAAGGGAAUAACGAGUAAACUAGAAUAUCUACAUGAGACUGGGAUCGAUGCGAUCUGGUUAUCACCAAUAUACGCUAGCCCCAUGAAAGAUUCCGGUUACGACGUUUCCGAUUUUCGAGCGAUCCAUUACCAGUACGGAAAUGCGAAAGAUUUUGACGAUCUGAUAAAAAAAGCCAAGGAAUUGGGAAUUAAGGUGAUCCUGGAGUUCAUCCCAAAUCAUACGUCGACGGAGCACUUAUGGUUUUUAAAAAGUAACAUUCAAGAUAAGAGGUAUGCUGAUUACUACAUCUGGCGUAAUAGAACUGUUGAUGGUAAACCCCCAAACAAUUGGCUCAAUAUUUACGGAAAAUCAGCUUGGGAGUGUCCCCAAUACCGGAAAGACUGUUACCUCCAUCAAUUCCAUUCGAAUGAACCUGAGUUGAAUUACAACAAUCCGCACGUCCAAGUGGAAAUUUUGGAUAUCAUGAGGUUCUGGUUAGAUAAAGGGGUAGAUGGUUUUCGCAUCAAUGCAGCUGCUUACUUAUUCGAGGACGAAAACUAUCUGGACGAACCCCUAUUCUAUUUCCCGGGUGUAGCUAAUGAUGGCUACAACUCCUUGGAACACAUCUACACGAAAAAUCAAAACAAAUCCUAUCAGCUCGUCCAAAACUGGACGAAUUUUCUGCGUGAUUACGCCGACUCCAGGAAUACGGACGAAAAAGUGCUAAUGACGGAAGUCUACGCGGAUUUCGACAAUACACUAAAUUAUUACAAAUCCGGCGUCCAAAUUCCAUCCAACUUCUUCUUAAUAACUCAUACAAACAGCAGUUCUAGUCCGCGUGAGUUCCAGAACUUCGUACUCUCAUGGAUGAGUAUCUAUCACCUGAAGGUAUUUCAGCAGAGAGAAGUUAUUCCUAACUGGGUGACGGGCAAUUCUGACCAAAAGAGAACUGCAACUAGACAUCCAGGUAGAAGCGACCAGAUGACAAUGCUAGCGAUGAUAUUACCAGGAGUUGCAGUGACAUAUUACGGUGAAGAAAUCGGAAUGGUUGAUAAAUCCGACCUGAGCUUUGAGGACACUCGAGAUUUAGCUGGACGCAACGCAGGACCAAACAACUACAAAAGGUAUUCCAGAGAUCCCAGCAGGACUCCGAUGCAGUGGGACAAUACCACGAAUGCUGGAUUCAAUAAUGGAUCGAAGCCCUGGUUUCCCAUCCACCAGAACUACGUGAACAUCAGUUUGGCUGCGCAAAAAGCAGCGAACGCUUCUCAUUACAAGAUCUAUGCGAAAUUGAUCAACCUGAAGAAGACGAGAGCAGCGAUUAUUUCAGGAACUCUUCUAAUUGAUACACUAGCUGAUGAUAAAUCACUGGUGGUUAUUAGAUCGGAAAAAAAUGAGAGCAUUGUUCUAGUCAUCAAUUUCUCCAACGAAACUGUCACUUUGAAUGUUCGGGAACACGUGCCUUCGAUCGGUCAAAAAGUAACUGUCGAAGUUGCGACUUUAGAAUCAUCGAUCAAGGAAGGAUCAUCAGUGAAUCUUGACAAGCUAACUCUUGGGCGCAAUCAAGCGCUUGUUAUGUCUACAAUACUCCACGAACAAUUGACCACGAACAACCCACCAAAUUCCACCAGCAACAAUGGAUCGCUUCUAGUUUCUUCAGCUGUAUGCGUUCUCGUGUUCCUCGCAGCGUUCUUAUCGUAAUAAUUAAUCAUAGUAUAUUUAUUCAUUGCAAUCCAUAGUAUUAUUAUUCUCUCAAUUUUUAUACGCUCACGUGUCAAUAAUGCUCCUUCCAAGAAUAUUGACACGCAUUUGUAAUUACAAUUGUUCGAGUCAUAAUUAUUCAGUCGAUGACACAAUCUUAUGUAUUUUUAUCAACACGUCUUUACUUUAAUAAACUUUCGCAUUCGA